AUGGUUACAACUCAUCUAAUUGAGCGAUUGUUGAAUGCGCUGAAAGGUCCAGGAAAGCUUGUGCUUGUUGGUGUACCAGAGAAGUCACUUGAAGUAGUAGGUUUUCUUGAUUAUGGGGGGAAGAUUGUUGUUGGUAGUAACAUUGGAGGGUUGGAGGAGACUCAAGAGAUGCUUGAUUUUGCAGCAGAGCAUAGGAUCACGGCAGAUGUAGAGGUGAUACUGAUAGAUUAUGUGAACACAACCAUGGAAAGGAUUUUGAAAUCUGAUGUAAGUACCUAUCUUUCACCUAAUUUUCACAUAGAGAAAAUACCACCACCACUAUCACUACCGAGCGGAGAUAUGAACGCCACCAUAGCCGCCGAUCAAUGCCAUCACCUACGGAUGGAAGAUGUGAAUGCCACCACCGUUGUUGAACCUCCUGGAAAACUCUCGAUUUUUGAUGAAGAAGGAAUCUAG